GUUCACUUGCCUGAGAGCUAAACAGUCAUGUUCUGCCGUUGCUCUGUAGCAAGGAUGAUGCUGUGGCUCUGCUUCUGUGCACUGGCUCUCGUCCUGCAGCCAGUUCACUCGGCCUAUAACUGCUCCGCAGUGUUUAACAGGAUUCCAGACAACAAUGAUCUGGUGGUAGACUGUGGCACCAACAUGAUCACUCUGGAGGUAAACCUGUGCACUGCUGAGUGGGCAGGCUUUGACCCCAACGGCCUGGCCCUGAACGGAGAGCGCAAUAAUGCCCAGUGCAAGGGCACCAUUGAUACCACUGUCAACCCACCUGUCAUCCGCUACCAUCUGCCAUUCAACCACAGCCAGGAGAACCCAUGUAGACAGUCUCUGCAGAUUGUGGAUGAGGUGCCCAGCUCCUCUGGUCCAUUCAGCAUGUUCUCCAGCAUUCAGUCUGUCAUUAUCACAGGAUACAUUGAUACGCCCAGCUCCUCAGAGGGCGUCAUCAGUUACUCCACAGACCUCUACUACCACUUCUCUUGCCGUUACCCGCUGGAAUAUCUCAUCAACAACACUCAGAUUGUAGCGUCAUCAGUGUCAGUGGCCACUAGAGACAACAAUGGUACUUUCAUUGACACUCUCAGCAUGGGAGUCUUCAAUAGCACAGAUUUUAAUAGCCCAUUGGUGGUUCCACCUACUGGAUUAGAGCUGCGCAGAAAAGUCUAUGUUGAAGUAAAAGCUGCCAAUCUGACUGGAAACUUUCAUCUCUUGCUGGACCACUGUUUUGCAACCCCAUCAACUUAUAAUCACACCAACAUCAAACAGCACAGCUUUUUCACAGGAUGUGUGGUACAGAACAGGACAAUGGUGCUUUAUAAUGGCCUCUCCAAGUUUUCCAGAUUUUCAUUUGAAGCCUUCCGCUUUGUGGAGCACCGUAAUCAAGAAAUGUCUACUAUAUACCUGCACUGCAUACUGCGACUCUGCGAACCAAACAAGUGCCAAGAACUACUUGAUUCUUGCAACUCUACCAGAACACGAAGGCGAAGGGCCCUAGAACCGUACGGAUCGCCAGCUAAAGAUUCUGCCACAGUGUCUGUGGGUCCUCUGUACACCGCAGCCCUAAGAUCGCCAGCUAAAGAUUCUGCCACAGUGUCUGUGGGUCCUCUGUACACCGCAGCCCUAAAGAAUGAUGUUCCCUCUGCAUUGGCCUCUGGAGGCAGUGAGCCGUUAAACAGGGACAAUAUGAACGUGGCUGGAGUGGUGGUGGGGGUCAUUUUUGCCACCGGCGGUGCUGUGUUGCUGGUUAUGGCUGGAUGGUUUGUGCUGAAGAGGUUUUGCUGGGCCGGUGCUCUGCCUCGGGCUUUCCACUAAGAGA